AUGUCGAAAAAUAGAUAUAUCCAAUCUUUUACUCGAUUUCCCAAUGAGCUGUUCCGAGUGAAUUACGGCGCCUCCGUUCGACUCCGGGCUCAUCCGGGCCCUGUGCGGCCGCUGCGCAAUUUCGACCUUCUCACAACUGCAGGGAAAGUCCAACCAAAGGCCCUCAACCCGGCUUCUUAUGAAUUUCCAAACGGUGCCUCCAUGCGCCCCAACACUACGAAACAGCAGAAUCUGGUUCGCACUUCCAGGGACUCUCCAGCGUUUACUGUUUACAUUUACGCGGUUCCGGCAGACGCCCUAUUGCCCGACGAUCUCAUUCUCGUCCAUGAAUUUGGUGACCAUUUCUCAUUGCAAGCUCGAGUGGAGAUGACAGUGGAAGGUAACAUCAACCUUUGA